CGGGAAGGGAAAUGAGCCCGGCGAGGAGGGGGCGGCUGGUCCUUGGAGGGGCGCAGAAGCUCGCUGUGGCUUUUGAGGAGGUGGCUGUUGUGUUUCACCAAGGAGGAGUUGGCUCUGCUGGAUCCUGGCCAAAGGGGUCUUUACAAGGGAGUCAUGAUGGCGAAUCAUGGGCGCGUUGCUUCUGUCGUCAGGGAUUCAUCGGAGGAAACAAAUGAAAGAGUAUAUCAAGCCUCUAAAGAAAGCGAUAAGUGGUCAGAGGUCGAAGAGGAUGUCGGGAAUCGGGACGGGUUGGACAGGCUGGAGGGAAACCAAAGAAAUAAGGAAAGCAAGAAACCCAUUUCUUAUCUGGAUGGUGCCCGCCUUGCAAUUAAGGUACAACAAGAAACACCCAAAGACAAGAGAGGUGGGAAAAGGUUUGCUCAUAAAUCACCUGUGGAAGACCACUGGAAACAAAGCAGCAAAGCAGAGAGACGAUAUAAAUGCCUUGAAUGUGGGAAGAGUUUCAGACAGAGUACAGUAUUGAUCUCCCAUCAAAGAACACACACAGGGGAGAAACCUUUCAACUGUCUGGAGUGUGGGAAAGCAUUUAGUCAGAAGGGGGCACUUACCACCCAUCAAAGAAUUCACUCAGGAGAGAAGCCAUUUAAAUGCUUGGAAUGUGGAAAGGGAUUUUGCCAGAGGGGUGCCCUUCAAGUACAUCAGAGAACUCACACUGGGGAAAAACCAUUUAAAUGUCUGGAGUGUGGAAAGAGUUUUAACCAAGCCUCAGUCCUUAAUUCCCACCAAAUAACUCACACAGGGGAGAAACCAUUUAAAUGCCUGGAGUGCGGAAAGAGCUUCACUCAGAUCUCUCUCCUUAAUUCCCAUCAAAGAACACAUGCAGCGGAGAAACCGUAUAAAUGUCAGGAGUGUGGAAAAAGCUUCAGUCAGGCCUCUCUCCUGAAUUCCCAUCAAAGAAUACAUACAGAUGAGAAGCCAUUUGAGUGCCUGCAUUGUGGAAGGAGAUUCAGACAUAAAUCAGCUCUUACAUCCCAUCAAAGAAUUCACACAGGGGAAAAGCCCUUUAAAUGUCAGGAGUGUGGAAAAAGCUUCAACCGGAAGUAUGACCUUGUUGCGCAUCAGCGAAUUCACACAGGAGAGAAACCAUUUAAAUGUUUGAAGUGUGGAAAGAGCUUCCGUCUCAAGCCAAGCCUUACUAGUCAUCAGAGAAUUCAUGCAGAAGAGAAUCCAUUUAAAUGCCUGGAAUGUGGAGAAAGCUUUAGACAGAAGUAUGCACUUGUUUCUCAUCAAAUAAUUCACACAGGGCAGAAACCAUUUGAAUGUUCCCAGUGUGGAAAGAGCUUCAUUCACAGGCAAAGCUUUACUAGUCAUCAGAGAAUUCACACAGGAGAGAAACCAUUUAAGUGUGUGGACUGUGGAAAGAGCUUCAGGCGGAAGGAUAGCCUCACUUCACAUCAGAGAAAUCACACAGGAGAGAAACUGUUUGAAUGUAUGCAGUGUGGAAAGACCUUCAAUCGCAGGCAUAGCCUUACCAGUCAUGAGAGAACUCACACAGGAGAGAAACCAUUUACAUGUCUGCAAUGUGGAAAGAGCUUCAGACAGAAGGGUGCCCUUAGAGCACAUGAAGUAAUUCACAUUGGGGAAAAACUAUAUAAAUGCCUGGAGUGUGGAAAGAGGUUCAGGCGGAAGUAUGCCCUUAAUUCCCAUCAAAGCAUUCACACUGGAGACAAACCAUAUCAAUGCUUGGAGUGCGGGAAGAGAUUCUGCCAGAGUAGUGCCCUUAACUGCCAUCAAAGAAUUCACACAGGGGAGAAACCGUAUCAGUGCUUGGAGUGUGGAAAGAGCUUCAGCUUGAAACCGUCUCUUCUAUUACAUCAAACCACUCACACCGGGGAGAAACCCUUUAAAUGCCUGAAGUGCGGAAAGAGUUUCAGUCGGAAGGCCUACCUUACUUUACACCAAAUAACUCAUACUGGGAAGAAACCCUACAAAUGCUCGGUGUGUGGAAAGCGUUUCAGUUUGAAGCCAUCUCUUACACUGCAUCAAACCACUCACACAGGGGAAAAACCGUAUAAAUGCACGGUGUGUGGAAAGCGCUUCAGUCGUCGGGCAUACGUUUCUUUACAUCAAAGAAUUCACACAGGGGAGAAGCCCUUUAAAUGCCUGGAGUGUGGCAAGGGGUUCAAUCGAAGGGAAUACCUGAUUUCACAUCAAAGAACUCACAGAGAGACCUCUUCGGAAGAGGAGGAUUCUGAUGCACCAGAAGAACCCUCUCCUACUGUAGACUUGGGGCAAUUUGAGGGAAACUGUGACAGCGGUGCCUCAUUGGAGGCACCCAGCAACCCUGUCCUGAGCUCAGUGGGGAUUCCAGACUCUCCUUCCACCACCCACAGGCCAGCAGAACACCAAUGGCAAUGUAUCAGGUGGGAUAUUCAAAGCCAUGGUGGAAGCACCCACCUGACGCCCCGAAGACCCUUUCGGCCAGGUUAUAUUCAAGAGCCAGAAUCUACCUAUGAAGAGGAAGGCCCAGCUACUACUACUAAUGAGACAAACUCAGACACAACUGCUGAUUCUGCUUCAGCCAGAAUCUGUGCUCCUGGUCCUCCCUCAGAUCUUUCCUUGGUUAACAGCUCCCACAGAGCUGUCUGACUCUAAUUGCAGGCUGGAGACAGGAGAAACUACUUAACUGUCUGGAGGAUAAAAGGAGCCUGAGGCAGAGUGCAUAUCUUACUUUAUAUCAAAGAAGGCUCUGUAUAAAUGAUUUAAAUGUCUCGCUUAAAUGCCACGGGGUGAUUAUAUCACAUCGAAUAUUCAUUGUAAUGGUGAAUCAGACAUCAAUCUAAUGUUAUGAUGGCUGUUCUCAUAAAACAAGCUUUCCCCGACAUGCAUCAGAUGAUUCGUAUUGGGAAAAGCCCAAGAAAUGUUCUGGUUGUAGUAAGAUCUUCUGCAACAAAUGUUAUACAUGUAUGAAGUGUCGAACAUGCUUUAGCGAGUAGAAAUUGUACUUCAAAUAAAAUAGUCUGCGUGGAAGAGAAAUCAUCUAAAUCAUUAGAAUUUAAGGAAGUUAAUUUAUUUGAAAUGAAUGUGCAACAGACUGUACACGGGAGGUCCUCUUUUAAAGAAAAUGUAAUAUUGGAAUAUGGAAAGAAAAAUUGAGGUUUCCACUACUAGGAAUUAAUUUGAGCCUAAGUCCACGGUCUAGUUCAUAUGUAACGCUAAGCCGUGGUUUGGUUGUUUGCUCGCCAGCCUACAU